AUGGCAAAUCAUUUGAAAUCUCCAAAAAUGAUCUGCCUCCGGUUGAAUCCGAAAAAAGAAUUGGAAUCCGAGGAAGAAGAUGGUGUGACAUCCGAAUCUGGAUCGGAAGAUGCUGUGGCCAGCAAGAUGAAGUCUUCGUCGGAAGACGAGGAUUCCAGAUCCGAGAAAGAAUCUGCCACCGAGGAUAUUGUUUCUAGGGUGGGAAUUGCUGGGGUUGCUGCUGAUUCAAUGGUUACGAGGACAACAAUCAUAGAUGAUAACUGGAUUCCAACUUGGGAUCACGAAUGCAAGUUCCCAUUGAUAGUUUCACAACUAGCAUUGCUUCGAAGCGAGGUUCACGAGUAUGAUAUGUCAAAGAAGGAUGAUUCUUGA